CUUUAUUUGAGGAGUAUUAGGUGUUCUUGAAAGCCACAGUUCUUGUUGUAUGACUUGGGCUAGAAACCACUGGAGAAAAUAACAAUGGCAUAUUUGGCUGUUACUUACAAACUGCUCAUCAUUGGUAUCUUGGCAGUGACUGACAGUGAAACUAUAAUUACUUAUCAAUCAAGCACAGAGAAUUCUACUUUACUGUCAACACCUGAGGAUACAUUCAAUACCAGCUCAACUACUGAGGAGAAUCGAUCUCCAUUAACAAAUGGUCAAACUGCCAGCCUUUACCAGUUGCCUGAGAACUACACUUCUGUAGCCACCGAUAUAUACAGUAACGACAGUACUACUCCAAUGGACAUUUCAUUUGUUAGUGUAAAUCAGGAUAAUCAGAGCAUUUCAGAUAAUAUCCCCAGCUCCAACAUCACAGAUGAAAUGACCUCUACCGAGCCAGAGGUAUUGAAAAGUCAGACACCAUACACACAGAAAUCGUCAGCUGCCCCUACGUCAACGAGUGUUAUUGAGGUCUCAACUUCUACAGUGGACAAUUCUCAGAAACCUACCACCACUUCAGCUCCUAAUACAGAUUCCUCCAUUGAGGAUGCCAUGCUAAUUUUAGUAGUGCUCAUUGCCCUGAUUAUUCCCAUAAUUUGCCUGCUGAGCUAUUUCCUGUACAGAAGGAAACGAAGGUAUUCCUUUGAUCUCUCCCAAAAAACUGCUGAAGAUGCUAACAUCCCCUUGAGUUGCCCAAUUCUACCAGGAGGCUUUGAACUAACAGCAGACAAAGAAAACAACAAAGAAGUGGAGAAGGUGAACGAAGACAAGACCAACCACAAGAAAGAUUCAGCACCAACCCUCAAUGUUCCAGAGGAAAUUAAUGGGAAGCAAAGCAACCAUGAGCCUGAAAUAAACCAAUCUCCAGAAACACCUGCCCAGGAAGGUACCGACACCCUAGAUGACUGGAACUUCAAGUCUGAAUACGCUUCGUUCACUGACAUUAACCUGAUGGACUGUGUCACCACUGAGUGAUUUGGAUACUUCCAUUCAGAUUGAUGAGCUCUUGUUCCUCUUGUGCUAUCUCUUCCAGAGACUGACAAGAAUCAAUCUUUGACUCUUCUGCUGGUUUCUUGUUUUAUUUUACUGUGGACAUGUAUUGCAUUUAAGAUAGAAGAUUCAACACAUAAUUAAUUAUGUUGUCUCAGGGUAUAACGUAAUUCUAAAAAGGAGGAUAAAAUAAUAAGGUAAAGGAUGUCUGAGAAGUGUUGAAAGACAUCAUGUAGCAGAAAAUUAAGAUAUUCAAGAGGCUUUUUUUUUGUCAAAAUCCCUAGGUGCUGGCUGAGAGCAGAUUUUCCACUUUCUGUGCAUGAGUGCAUUUGACCACCAAUAUAAAUAUGCAAUAAUAACAGCAGUAUUUUAAUGACAGAAAACAUCCUUCAGAUGCUAAAAAUCUUGAGCAACACACACAAAAUAGUGAAGGAACUCAGCAUGCCAGGCAGCUUCAAUGGAGGGAAAUAAACAGUUGUUGUUUCGGAUCAAGACCCUUCAUCAAUAUUCAAAUGAAUUACUUUUAUCCAAGCCAACACUGCCAUUGUUUUAAACUUGUCACAGAUUCACAUGUAUACACGAGAUUCUACAGAUGCUGGAAAUCCAGAGCAACACACACAAAAUGCUGGAGGAACUCAGCAAGUCAGGCAGCAUCUAUGGAAAUGUAUAAACAGUUGAUAUUUCAGGUCAAAACGUUCAUCAGGAUUCACAUGUGCUCUCUUUACUCUAAGCUCUGUUCAGGUACUCACCUACCAUGAAUUAGAUCCAAAUCUAGAAGCAGGUAUAUUUAUAUUGUCCUCGAUCUUCCUAGUCUGGUUCAGUUGGUUGUACUUGGCAGUACCUCUGAAUUUCUAUACUAUCUUUGGCAAACUUUGCCCAAGGGUGCAAUUAAAUGUGAUCUGCAUUAACAGUCCAAUCAAACGAUCUCUAAUUUUAAAAAAACAAGAAAAAAAAGCUGCAAAUGCUAUUAUGCUGAAAUAAAAACAGAAACACUGGAGUUACUCAGUGAAUCAGGCAGUAUCUGUGGACAGAGAAGCAGACAGAAUAUUUCCGAGAAAAAGUAAUUAGGUUGAAACCUUAGCUCUGUUUCUUUCCCCACAUAUACACAUAUUUUAUACCAGUCUGAUUUUGUUCUCCUCAUAUUCCCAUCAUCUUCCCUCAAACCGUACCAUUCAGCUACAUGCUUGAGAUAAUUUGCAGUGGGCUAGCUAAGCUACCAGAGGAAACCUAUACAGCUACAGGAAGAGAAAAUGGGCUAAAUUUGCAAUGACAUUUUCCCUAAAGAGGUAAAAUCAGCAUUUGUACAAAGCAAAUAUUCAUUUAUAUGGAAUAAGGUAUUUUAGAUAAUCAAUCGACUAACUGUUAGAUUAUAUGAUAGAUUUACAAUGAUAAUGGAAAUGUCAGAUAAUGAGUGUUAUUGUUGUUUUUGGUUGCUAUACUUAGUAUAAAAAUAUUUUGAUUAUAAAACUCAAGUAUUUUUCAUGCUUUUGCAACAAUCCAUUUUUUUCACUUUAAAUAAAUAAAAUGCCAUCAUAAUC